AAAUAUAAUCUUUAUCUAUAGUGGAGCUACAGCGGAAUACCAUGUGACAAGAGCGCUACGUCCGUGAUGAUUAAAUCUCUGACGAAAGCGACGCCAGCAGCUCUGCUGCAAUAAGUGCAUGAAGCGCGAGCACUGAAGGACAGCGCUGACCGUUCGCAGUGUCUUAUCAUUGACAGUACGCGCUGCGGGUUGCUUUACGAAACGACUUCACGUCGAAGAACACCGCGACAUCUGCAGAUGAAAUGCUCUCGCCUUUAGCGACCCAUUUUCUCCUUUCAGUGAACCUCAAGGUCUUUCGCUGUUAAUGUAACAGGAAGAACGGGCACUGAUGUGACACACUGGACCUGAACGCGCUUUCACAUUCAUCAGCUGAACCGAUAUUGUCGCAUGAUGAUGAGCUGUUUUGAUCUCUGCGAAGCUAUUUGAAUAUAUUUAUCAGUAAGUCUGGUUUCCAGCGGUGCCCAUCAGAUCUCCUGUCAACAUACCUUCAGUUCUCUUCAGCCUGCCUUGAUCGAGGAAAUUGGAUAAAGAUGGAACCAGAGCAGCAAAUCCAAAGCCAGAGUAAAACUAAUGAUCUGGCAUUAUCUGCACAACCAAAAGGACCCGCAGAAACGUCCACAUCUUCUCCUGCCCCUUCUACCCCACCAGCGGCUCCAGCCAGGCCAAGACGGCCUCAGAGGACCCCGCGGGUGGAAGGAUCUAUUGACGUAUCAGAGCCCAAACCUCCAGAACCUCCUAAACCGCACCAGAUGACCAGCCAUGCUGAACCGACUGACCCCAACAUCUCCAGUCACCCCUCAGAAGCUCAGUCUAAACUCAGUGUUGCUAAUGUUGGUCAUGGACCUCCGAGUUUGGCUGGACAGAAGAUUUCAGGGCAUACUGCAGUGGCUCGGAGCCACAUUUCAAUGAGGGCGUCCUCUCUUCCUCAGACCCCAUCAUACAAACCUCCAGCUUCAGAUCCUGGCCUCUACCCUCAGAGGGCCCUUUCUGUCGCUGGGACCGCCGACACUCAGACGCAGGUGGUGGAGGAUUUCAGGGUGCAUAUUAUCACUUGGAACGUGGGCUCAGCCAUGCCUCCUGAAGACAUCACUGCUUUACUGGGCCUGAAUGUUGGCGAUGGGAACACAGACAUGUAUAUUAUAGGCUUACAGGAAGUGAACUCAAUGAUCAACAAACGACUGAAAGAUGUUCUUUUCACUGACCAGUGGAGCGAGGUCUGCAUGGACGCUCUCAGCCCCUUCGGAUAUGUACUGGUCACGUCUCAGAGGAUGCAGGGAAUGCUGCUGCUGGUCUUUGCCAAGUACUAUCACCUGCCUUUCCUGAGAGGCAUUCAGACACAGACCACUCGCACCGGGCUUGGCGGAAUCUGGGGGAAUAAAGGGGGCGUCAGCGCUCGCAUGACUGUGUUUGGCCAUUCGAUCUGUUUCUUGAACUGUCAUCUGCCCGCACACAUGGAGAACUCAGACCAGCGCAUGGAGGACUUCGAAAGCAUCCUGCAGCAGCAACAGUUUGAAGGACAAGCUGCCAUGGGCGUCCUGGAUCACGAUGUGGUUUUCUGGUUUGGAGACCUGAACUUCCGAAUUGAGGACCUUGAGAUGCAAGUCGUGAAAGGAGCUAUUGACAACAACAAACUGUCCAUACUGUGGGAAAAAGACCAGCUGAACAUGGCUAAAGGCAGUGAGACUGUGCUUGAAGGCUUCCACGAGGGGCCAAUUAAAUUCCCUCCUACGUACAAGUUUGAUGUGGGCACAGACACAUAUGAUACCAGUGGUAAAAAACGUAAGCCAGCGUGGACUGAUCGUAUUCUUUGGCGGUUGAGGCCGAUGGCUCAGGUCAGCAACAGCGUGUCGAGGCGCAGCUCCAUGUCGGGACUAACCAGCGGAAUCCGUGUGUCGCAGCAUUUUUACCGCAGUCACAUGGAAUACACCGUCAGCGACCACAAGCCUGUCUCCUCGAUUUUCACUCUGCAGUUCCCAUAUAAGGUGGACAUGCCUUUAGUUACACUCCUUGUAGAGGAUGAAUGGAGAGAGAUAUCAGAUGCAGUGGCCAAAUUCAAGGUGGUGCCCAGCUUUCCUCGAAGCUCUUGGGACUGGAUUGGGCUUUACAAGGUUGGGUUUAAGCACCAUAAGGACUAUGUGGGUUACACUUGGGCCAAACAGGAAGAGUCUGAUUUCCUGAGACAGGAGCACGAAGUGAUUUUUACCGAGGAAGAAUUGCCAAAGGAUUCUGGGGACUUCAUACUGGCUUACUAUAGCAACAAUAUGAGCUCCAUUGUGGGCGUCACCGAGCCAUUCCAGAUUCAACUGCCAGCCUCCACCGCCGCUGGUCUAAGUCCGUCUGACAGCUCCGACUUCACGUCUGAUGAUGAGGUAAAGAAGGGCGACUCCUGUGACUCCAGCCCUGAGACUGAGGAGCAGCAGAGCAGCAGCUGGAGCUUCAGACACACCGAAGGGCAGACGGCAAACCCGUACCAACCGCACUCUAAAGACACCACCGUGGCACAUUCCAGCUCUAGCAGGCAGGGUGGUGGUACUGUCGAGUCCUCUGAUGACCCUGUCGCUACGGAUGACAGCUCUAACUCAGGAAAAGAUGCAACCAAGCCAGAGGAACCUUAGAUGAGCACACCACCUUCUCUGGAGGAUUAUAUCAGCUCAAGGCUGGGGUUGCAGGUUUCUGUUGGGUCUGUGAUGUCGUUGUAGAUUUACUGUCCUAUGAUGUUGUUCGGAGAUGUUGUAUAAUAUGUUGCAGGGCAGCAGUAAGCGUUUAGUAUGUGGCUCCCUCCAGCAAAUACAUGAGGGCAAACUACUGUUCUGUGUAGUCAUACUAUUCAUAUUCUUCUUUCUGUCUCUCCGACUGCACAAGACAAAACCUUAAACACUAAUAAAUAAUCCUACACUCUUAAAAAUAAAGGUUCAAAAUGGCGUUUUUCACAGCAAACACAGCAAAGAACCAUUUUGGGUUCCCCAGAAAAACUUUCAGUGAACAGUUCUUAAAAGAACCAUUUGUUAAUUUAUUGUUUAAAUCUAAAGAACCUUAUUCCAAAUUGAAGAACCUUUAUGUAAUUGAAAGGUUCCAUGGAACCAUCAAUGCCAAUAAAGAACCUUUAUUUUUAAUAGUGUAGAUAUACUUGCACAAUAUUAAUGCUUUUAAUUGAUACAUAUGGAAGUUUUUUCCAAAAUUAACCAGGGUUAAAUGCACAAGGGACAACAAUUCUGGUUCUUAUUGGAUUUAUUGGAGCAGAUCCUCUGUAUGAUUUCCAGUGCUCUGUUCCAAACUCUAGUGAGCUGCCUAUCUAGGCAUCAUAAGGGGCUUUCGCACCAAAUAGUUCUAGGAACUCAGUUAUAGGAACUAGCCACUACGAUAGUUCCCAGAGAACUAAUUUCUCCCCCGGGCCAUGUUCCUGGUUGCAUUCGCACUGGGAAUAGGAACUCUGAAGCAGCCGACAGCGGCGUCUUUAAGUGCAGCAUUUACUAUAGACAUCCUCCCGACUCCCAGAUGCUUUCUUGAAAUACCUUGGCUGCGUUUGACUCCACUUUUAGACAUACACUUGUGAACUUCCCUAAGGACUUCCCCUCGGGGAGAUCCCCACUGCAAUUUUGACGUGCGUUCAACUUCGUCAAGUGGGCGAGGGAAGUAAUUUGGACAGACCCUCGACCCCUCGACAGAGGGAGCGAGUCUACUCAUAUGCACACUUCAGGCAGAUCCAUAGACCACAAUGCAACACGAUUAUGACGUCACAAUAGCAACUUGCAUGGCGGGCUCCAUAGCAGAUUCCAAGGGCUUAGGGUGUUCCAUUUAAACCCGUUGCAAGGGUUCCGCCAGUAGUUGGCACUGCAAGCAAUGACGUACAUCCGAGUGAAUGAGACGGAGGGAAGUUGGUGAGGGAAGGGCAUAAAAAAAGUGAACUUAAAUGCACCCCUUGUUUUGGGAAAGGAUAGGGUAUUCCCAGAAUGCACUGUGAGAAAUACUGAUAAAAUAAAAUAUUAUUACAUUCUGAAAACAAUGAAGAUAAAUUGCUCGAUCUCAUUGACUAUUUAAGACAACCUUUGUGCAUGCUACUUAAUUUGGUACAUCGGAAUAACUUUAGACUCUUGGGCUCUGUUUCCACCUGGUAUUAAGAAGCAUUUUGGUAGAUCUGAUCACAAGUGGACGACGUUAAACACAGGUGUAAACGGGGUGUAAAACGUUUUGAGUUUGUCCACUUUCAACCACUUCCAGAGGUAGUUGAAAACACAUUAGACCGGAUUGCUUUCGUAGUGUAGACGCUCAUGUGGUCGAAUGCGUUCGAACAGCCACAAAAGACCACAACACUCUCCACCUACUGACCUAAUGCAUAAACAUUAUGAGAAGCGCGCUAACCAGAUUUAAACUUUGUCGACUGGAGACCCAAGUUUGGUUUGAAGACAAAAAAAUGUACCAAGCACAAUGUUCUUUCACCAUUCCUGAUUUCUAACAUGCACUCACAGCGUUCGGCCGGUCUUGUGGCUGUCAGAGCAGAAACAAAAGCUGAUGGUCUUUCCGUCAUCUCCGUGUGCAUUCAUAUGUAAAUUGCAUGAGCUAAUUUUGUUCAUUAGAUUGAAAGAUCUGAAAAAAAAAAACAUACAUUUACCCGCCCAUAGACCCUCCCCUUGAAGAAAUCAGGACAGAAGUGGUGGAAAGUGACACCAUUAAAACACCAGGUGUAAACGGGAAUGUGUCUCCCUUGUCCACUUGUGAUCCGAUCAACCAAAACGCAUCUUAAUACCAGGUGGAAACUGGGCCUUAGAAUCAGUUUUAAGCAUUAGUCAAGUUUCUUAUAGCAAAUAGUGCAUUAACAAAGUUACUAAUAAUUCUACAUUUCAGUUAGGAUGCUGCCUUGUAAGGUAGCUGCCUAUGUAGAUAGUAGAGAGCGAGGCAGCUGACUAGGGUUUGGAGCAGUGAUCGUGACUUUGACUUCCUGCCAGAGGACAUUGGGAAUGACCUGCUAAAGGUGAAAUGCUGUUGUCAUCACCUUAUUGUGACAGGGAAAGGUAAAUUGUGUUUAAGAACAAUACACAUGCUCUGCAAUUGCAUAUAUUUACCAUAAUCUCCUCAGGUCCUUGAAAGGCAGAUGCAUAUAAAAGCACUCGGUAAAGUACAGUUUGUAUAUUAUUCAUGUCGAUUACCGGUUUAACCAACUGUUAGCAUUUUAUGAUAUUAUAGGACAAUGAUGAAAUCUUUUGCUCUCAGAGUUGUGACUGCUGUGCCGUCAUGUUCCUGUGGUUAAUGUUCUCGAAAAUAAUUUAAAAGCGAUGUCCAGCUCUUUGACCUGCCAGUUUAAAGUCAACAUGAAAUGCCGCUCACAAGCCACAUUUGCAUCAUGUUUUUCAAAAGGAUAGCCAAUGAAAGAAAUGCAGGCCGGGACUUCAUUUUAUCAGUCAGGAAGUGAUUGAAUUAUGAAAAGUGGCUGCUACGAACCGGAGUGAAGCCAAGUGACUGGAGCUUUGUGACAUCAACCAAAAAAGAAAGAUUAAUUUAUUUAAGAUUGAAUUAUUGCACGUUGAUAGAAGAAUACAAAGACAAAUAUUUUUGAAAAGUAACGCUCAUCGCUAUAAGGGCUGGUUCACGCAGAAUGCAUUUUUACAUUUAAAAUGGGCAGAGGAAUGAAAAAGAAAACGCAAGGUCUAGAGACACAAUUUUUAAAACUUUUAACUUCGGCACUGUGUUUUUAGAAUUCUUUGUCAAUCGUGAGUUGCUGCAAAAGAGGUGAGUGCAACUCUCAAAAACAUCCGUAUAGUGCAUGUUUACACAGAGAAACAAUGGUAAAGAAGCCAGUGGAAUGCAAAAACACAUUCUCUGUGAGCUGCCUCUUAUAGUUGGCAUGAAAUGGAAGUUGGCAUACUAAUUCUGGGAGAAACCUCUUUUCGAACAUGAAAAAAUGUAGGGCAGGGCUUGAUUUUGUCCAUGGGGAAUUGAUUGGAUGGUUGUGGUUUGCUAUUGGUCGAUCUCAUGUGAGUGACAGGUUGCCCCGCCCUCACCCAGUAAACACAUCAUCAGAGAUGUUGCUGCGAGAGGGAGGGGAUGUUAUUUUGAUUAAAGAUUAUGGAGAAAAUUAGUCAAAAUUAGCACGUUGAUGCAUGCGAUUAAUUUUUUUCAGUUUAAUCGUGUUAAAAAAUUUUAACACAAUUAAUGCAGCAUCCAUUUUUUCCAUCAUAAUUUGGCUAGCAUUACAUUAUUUGAUUCACGCAAACGCUUUUAAACCAUUCAAGCGCCACAAGACAAACGAGAAAGCGCUGUCUGUGAAUGUCGUGUCUGUGUGACAGAAAGAUGCGCUCCAGUAUCGAGUUCUCUUUCGCACAAACAAUGCAAACAGAAUUAUGCCAGAAUGCCCGUUUUGUUGAGUAUCCUCAUAAGAGCAGUCUUAAAUUAGUUACAUAACAUCUUAAAUGAACUUAAAGAGUUGUGAGAAAAUGAGAUGCGCGUCAGAUCCAUGUCAUGUUCGGCAGCGGCAGCUCUUAAAGUGACAGCAGCCUAAUAAAACAGUUGGUGUGAUGUCUCUCAUUAAUGUUCAUCAAAGAACAAAGAUAACAGAGAAAAUUGUAGCUUUAAUAAGGAUUAAUCUAUAUUUCAUUUAUAAUUUAUGCAGUGAAGACUGUAAUGUGUUUGACAACUUUGACAAUUUCUGUAUAUUUCCUACAUGCCACAGGUAAAUAUGACAUUUAUUAUAAUGGGUUUAUGGGAAGAUUUUUUUAAGUUCACUUAAAUUAAAAGUUAUAUUUUUAAGACAAAUGUUGAAAUUGAUAGCUUUUAGUUAUUAUACUGUAAUGUUGAUUAAUUAUGGAAAAAAUGUGCAAUUAAUUAGUUAAUGUUUUUUUAAUCGAUUAUGCGCACGGAAAAAUCGCCUAUAAUAAGUACUGCAAUAUUCUAAUAAUUUUGAUUUCAUGCUGACUUUAAGGUGCGUUCAUGCUAACUUUGAUUGAAUUGCUAGAGGUGGCCAAGUUGCUGUGCUGUUAGAUUAUUGUAGUAGAAGUUGCUCAACUUUGUUGCACUGACAGCGUUUUCAUUGAAUGACUGAGCUGUCAAAUCGCUGUCAGUGCGAAUACCUGUACAGACCAGAAAUGUGCAUUAAGAAAGCAUCAGUUUUGAUUUCAUGUUGACUUUAAACAAUGAAUGCAUGGAUUCUAUCUGAUCUUUAGUCUGAUUUGUGUCAAGUAUUGUAUCAUGACUGUACUUGUGGUAGGAAUCCUAGCAUAUUUGUUGUCUAGGGCUUUCUAGGAUUUAUCCUACAUGGUAAAAUUUCUCGUCUCCUCGACAUCUCCUUCCCUUUCUCUGUAUCUCCCUUUCCACUCCGCAUCUUGUCUUUUCGUCUCCAUUGCGACCUCCUCCAGGUUUUGACGUCGUCUACAGGGCUCUACUACGUGCUCCGAUAUCGUAAUCUAUUAGUAGCUCGUGAAAUUUUGUACCAUGACUACUUAGCCUUAGGACACGUGGCGUGCCGUCUCACUGUUUACAUGGUUAGCUGAGUGAGAGUAUAAGCGUGUCAGUGUAUGUGUUUCUGCAUGGAUAUUCACAGUGUCGUGCCGUCCACCACCUUUUAAUAUCGCAGAGGUGUCGAGAAGUGUCACUUCUAGAUGGAAUAGAAAAUGUGGCCGAUGGAAGACAUGAAAAUGGUCGUUCUUUUACAUUAUACACGUUUUUAAAUAAAUCUUUGUAGUUUGGAAUAUCUUUGGAAAUCGAAACAAUCAGGCAUUCUGGAUCAAGACACUUUUUACUAGAAAUACUAUAAGUUAAUAGUCUCUAACAGGAAAAUGAAAUACCUGGCAUUUUGUCAAAACUGUAAACAACUGAGAUUUGUAAAGUGUUUUAGUCUCUAUUUUCUGUAGGACCCACACAACACUCGUGUCGCUGCUCAUGUUUGAUGAUCCUGCGUGUGUUUAAACAUGGUGGGUGUUGCUAAUAAGUUCAUGAAGUCAUGUGAAGCACAGAGCAUGUUUCAUGUCAUGUUUAUUGGUGGUGCUUGCUAAGGCAGUGAUGACUAUUAUUAAUCGCUCAUAUUUAGGGUUAAGGUUUUGAAGAAGUCCUUAAACUUAAUUGUUAGACUUUUGUGCAGAACUCGCUCCUUGUACAUGAAAGAUUCCUCCAAUCAUUGUUGAGAAGAGAUGUGCUAUUACUGUUUUAAAUGAUCAGACUUAUUGAAUUUGAGGGACUCAAGCCCUCUCGAGGGUAAUAGACCUUAAUCAGGGUAGCGGCAUAUUUAAUUUUUGACAGGAAUGAAAAUGAGGCUGUGAAGGAUAGAAAUACAGUGUGUUCAAUAGAUUGUACUGUUGUUUAACUCUUUCUCCACCAACAUUUAAAAAAAAAAGUUGCCAGUCACCGUCAGCGUUUUUGAUCUUUUUCACAAAAAUGUAAUGGCCCCCAGAAUAUAUUGUUGUAUGAAUAUCUGAACCUCUGAUUUUAAACAAAAAAAACUUGUUUUAUUCUAGCUUCAUGCAUUUUUUUUAUCAGCACUUGAAUCUGGGUGUUUCAUUAUAAAAACAACAUAUUGGGGAAAAAAAGCUUUUUUUCAAGGACUACAACGCUUUUGUCACUUGUUUCUGGUUCUUUUUCCGUCUGUGUUUUGAGUCAGAGAUUCUGUACUCUUUCAGAAGUUGUGUGAUAGCGCCCCCUACUGUAUAACAGUGAAAACACGGAAAGCUCGAGAACUCCAUCGCGAGGAAAGAGUAGGCUACCGAUUGUUCAGCUUUCCGGGGAAAAUAAACUUUCAGUAGACCCUGAUACAGUGCAUGUCAGUGUAGUCUAUUCCCCACAGCCUUGUUUUCAUCCGUUAAUUUCAAAAUGACGUCUAACCUGACUAAAGGCCCAUUCACACCAAGAACGAUAAAGAUAACAAUAAAGAUAUAGUUAUAAAAAAUAGUUCUAAAUAUGAAAGAAUAGCACUGUCCACACCACAGCUAUAACGGUAGCGAAAUAUAGAGAAACGAUAUCAUUGGGAUCACUUUCAGAAUGAUUUUUUGUUGAACAAUAAAACACUGACAGCCAAUCAGAAUCCAUUCUAAUUUAAGGGCUCAUGCAUUUAAAAUGGCAGACAACAUCGCGGAGAAGUUAAUUGCCGAGGUCCAGAAAAAGCCAUCAAUGUUUGAUAAUUCAAACCUCCUUUUCAAGGAAGAAAAUGGAUAUAUGGAAAACAAUCGGUCAUACCCUCAGAAUAAAUUGUGAGAUGUAUUAACGAUGAGAUUAUUAUGCCAGGCUAGCAAACCGUGUAAAAUAAAGUUACCUCAGGUAUCCAGCUAGUUUCGACAACAUUGUCUUGCUUCCUUUGACGUUGCAGUGAAAAAGUCUAGACGUUGUUUUUAUUCCACUAUAUUGACUUCGUCAGCUAAAUUCAUUGUUAGAUUAGAUCGAUUACACUAGCUAUUCACUCGAAACAUAUCAUGCUGAGGACAUCUGCUGGUUAAAGCCGUGUAAAUGCAACAAGAACAACAAAAACAUCUUGUACACACUUUGAAACUGCAGCGCGUGAGCUUACAAUAAACAGACUGUUUUAGUUCCUUGGUGUGGACGCAAAUAUAGUUAACGUUAGAGUUACUUUUAUAGUUAUCGUUCUUGGUAUGUACGGGCCUUAAGGUCUAUAUCAUAGAGCAACAAUGGCCUGGCGUCUACAACACUUUAUCAUCAUGGCAGUGAGUGAGGCAAACGCCACUCACAUUUUCUUAAAAAAAAAAUAAUAAUAAUAAUUUGCAACAGGAUCAGGUUUGUUAAUACUCAUAUUUUUAUACUCCAUUAGCCCUACAAAAUUUGAAAGCUAGAUGCAGUAUUGGAAAAAUAAUUUCCUUUCAAAGCCAAAUAAAUGUUUUGCAAGUGCCAGUGUUUGAUACUUUGAAUUUGAAUAUUUUUGGUUUUAAUUUAUAGUUUGUUCUGAGAAAUUCCGUUUUUUGAGCUUGCAAGAUGUCAUAUAAUCAUGUGUAGGAAAUGUUGUUGGAUGAAAUGAGCUCAAUGAUUAUGUGGGUAUAGAUACAGUAUGUAGAAUAGAUGACAAUCAGUGCCAAUUAAGAGAGAAGAAACUUUAUUUAAGAUUAUAUUUAUUUUCUUAUUCAUGACAUUAUGUCCAUUCCAUAUUCUGCUGGUCAGCUUGUUUCAAUCAUUAUAAAGAAGGUGAUUUAUGAAUAUAAUGAAAAUAUGAAUAUAUAACUUUGUUUUCCUUUCAGAUUUUACAGUUCUGCAUCUUUAUUGUUCAUUAAAGCAAAUGUCACUCAUUGCUGUUUGCUUUAUAUUCACAUUGAUUAUAAAUAAACACUUGUAUUGAGCAGAAUGUAUCGACUCGGUAGGCCUGUGAACCAUUGUUCUUGGUUGUUGUUGUAUAAUGGUGUCUUGCCUUAGACCACUGUUAAACAUUGGUGUCAAAAUGAAAAUAAAUCCUUUUGAAAGUGGAA